AGGAGCCGCGGGCUGGCAGCCGAUCCGGCGUCUCCGUGACAGGCACCCUGCUCCGCCGCCACCGCCGCCGCUGCCUUUCUUCCUCGUCCCGGGCUGUGCGCGCCGAGCUCGGGAUCGGGCUCCGGGUCUAACCCCGCUACGGGCCGUGCGCCCUUCGCUCGGCGUCCCGGUCUGGGGCUCCGUGCCACCCGCUCCCGCCUCCCGGCCGCCCGGCCGCCUCCCGGUUAGGCAGACCUCGGCCACCGAGCUGCUCACACCAGCCGCAUCCGCGCCGCCCUUGCCGCUCGGCCCUCUGCUCCGCUCCGGGUUCCCCCCACCUCCCCGCCACUGCCUGGCACCCAGGCUGCCCACUGCACGACCCGGGUCCCCGCCGCCGCCUCGCCUGGCCCCACGGUUCCCUCCCCGGGGUCUCGCCAGCUCUUUCUUGCCGCCGCCACCGCCGCCCCUGGAGCAGCGGGUCCACCGCGGGUCACCAUGCCCAGCAAAACCAAGUACAACCUUGUGGACGAUGGACACGACCUGCGGAUCCCUUUGCAUAACGAGGACGCCUUCCAGCACGGCAUCUCUUUUGAGGCCAAGUACGUGGGAAGCCUGGAUGUGCCGAGACCCAACAGCAGGGUGGAGAUCGUGGCUGCCAUGCGCAGAAUCCGGUAUGAGUUUAAAGCCAAGAACAUCAAGAAGAAGAAAGUGAGCAUCAUGGUCUCCGUGGAUGGUGUGAAAGUGAUUCUGAAGAAGAAGAAAAAGCUUCUUUUAUUGCAGAAAAAGGAAUGGACGUGGGAUGAGAGCAAGAUGCUGGUGAUGCAGGACCCGAUCUACAGGAUCUUCUACGUCUCUCAUGAUUCCCAAGACUUGAAGAUCUUCAGCUAUAUCGCGCGAGAUGGUGCCAGCAAUAUCUUCAGGUGUAAUGUCUUUAAAUCCAAGAAGAAGAGUCAGGCUAUGAGGAUCGUGCGGACCGUGGGACAGGCCUUUGAGGUCUGCCACAAGCUGAGCCUGCAGCACACUCAGCAGAACGCAGACGGCCAGGAAGACGGGGAGAGCGAGCGGAACAGCGACGGCUCCGGAGACCCAGGCCGCCAGCUCCCUGGAGCCGAGAGGGCCUCCUCGGCCACCGCGGAGGAGACCGACAUCGACGCCGUGGAUGUCCCGCUCCCGGGGAACGAUGUUCUCGAGUUCAGCCGAGGUGUGACAGACCUGGACGCUGUAGGGAAGGAAGGAGGCUCCCACCUAGACUCGACGGUCCCACCCCAUCCUCAGGAGCCCAUGCUGACCGCCUCACCUCGCAUGCUGCUCCCUUCUUCUUCCUCAAAGCCACCAGGCCUGGGCACAGGGACGCCCCUGUCUACUCACCACCAGAUGCAGCUCCUCCAGCAGCUCCUCCAGCAGCAGCAGCAGCAGACACAAGUGGCUGUGGCCCAGGUUCACUUGCUGAAGGAUCAGUUGGCUGCUGAGGCUGCGGCAAGGCUGGAGGCCCAGGCUCGAGUGCACCAGCUCCUUCUGCAGAACAAGGACAUGCUCCAGCACAUCUCUCUGCUGGUCAAGCAAGUGCAGGAGCUGGAGCUGAAGCUAUCAGGACAGAACGCCAUGGGCUCCCAGGACAGCUUGUUGGAGAUCACCUUCCGCUCAGGAGCCCUGCCUGUGCUCUGUGAACCCACCACCCCUAAGCCGGAGGACCUACACUCGCCGCUGCUGGGCGCCGGCUUGGCUGACUUCGCCCACCCAGCGGGCAGCCCCUUAGUUGACCACAGCAUGUUCGAGAACUUGAACACAGCCCUCACUCCCAAGCUCCAGUCCAGCCGUUCCUUCCCCCACCUGUCCAGAUCUGCGGCGCCAAGCUCCGUCACCCCUGGCUCUGCAGAGCCAGGAGGACCAGGACUGAGGGUGGGCAGCAGCCAGCACCUUAAGAACCUGGGCAAAGCCAUGGGGGCCAAGGUCAAUGACCUCCUGAGAAGAAAGGAGUCCUCAAGCCUGGGCAGUGUGGGUGUGAUGGAGAUUAACAAGACUGUUGGGGCCCAGCUGCCUGGUGGGGAGGAUGCGGCCUGUGAAGCCUGGCUGGAGGAUGAAAGGUCAGUCCAAGAAGCCUUCCCUCUGCUGGAUCCUCCACCUCCCAUAACCCGGAAGCGAACCCCUCGGGCCCUGAAGACCACCCAAGACAUGCUGAUCUCAUCGCAGCCCGUCCUAAGCAGUCUCGAAUAUGGGACAGAACUGUCACCCGGGGAGGCCCAGGACUCCCCACCCACUGCUCAGCCUGCCUCUGCAGAUACUUCGAGGCCAGAAUCUACCGUUGAAAUGGGAGAUAAGGGAGAGGCUCUGCCCAAUGGUGAGGUGUCCCUCUUGGUACCUGACCUAAUACACAAGAGCAGCCAGGAGGAAUCCAAGCUAAAGGCAACUGAGUGCAGAAAAGCCUCCUCCCCGGGCCCCAUUGAGAGGAAUGGCCUCAAGCUCAGCUUGAGCCCCAUCAGCCUGGCUGAGUCCUGGGAGAGCAGCAGCCCGCCUCCGCGGGCACGGACCUCCAGUCUUGACCACGAGGGCCUUCACCCAGACCUGCUCUCCUUUGAGUAGUGUGUCUUGUCUUCCCAGCCGAACACGCUCUUCACUUUGUCCUCCACUGCCCACCGGUCCUUUGUCCCAACUCUGCCAUGCCCCCAUCUUCCUCGUGGAAGGCACAGCAGAUCCCACUUUCAACCUGAGCUGCUGUGGGACCAGAUGGCCACAAGUAGUCCCAGUGAAGGAGUCUGCAGAAUGGCAAAAGGAUGUGGGUGGCAUCUCUGAUCGAUCCUACUUCUCUGUAAGAUCCUCUGGCUGCUGUUGGAACGCAUCUACCCUCAGGCUUGUCCCAGCUUCCUACUGAAUUACAGGGCCACCGGUCUAGGAGGAUGGAUCCAGCAGGAAUUCUCUUUGCCUGUCUGAUCAGAUGCAUAUGCUGUCUGUUCUUAUCUACCCCCAACCCCACCAAGUCCUGAUCCUGUCCCUUUCUUCCAUAGUGGUCCAAGGACUGCCUGCCUUGAAGGAAAUACAGCUAGGGAGGAAUGGUAGGCUUGGUUAAGUGAUGGGAUCCGGCCUGGAAAGCUGCACCUUGACCACAACCUCAUCAUACUUCCUUUAGCCUCCAGGCCAUGUGAACCGCUAGCCACCAUCUUUCCUCUGUUUCUGGGUUAGGGCCAGAAAAGGUGCUUCCAAGGCCUGGGACCUUGAGGACGUCCUCAAAGGUUGAACCUCGUCACCAGGGUUCCAGGGUUUUCCCAUCCAGUGAGAUAUACCCCUGCCUCUCUGGGUAGGCACUUCGGACAAUAGUAUGGGCAGUUGUGCUGGGGUUCCUUGCUACGUGUGUGAAGAUAGAGGUUGGCAGGCCCCUGCGGAAGCAGCAGAGAGUGUUCUAAUGUUCAAGAGGAGAGCUUGGGAACAUGGAAUGGUCCUGUAAGAGCCAAGGGCAGAGAUCAUAGAGAAGAGUAAAGUGAGGACUGAGAAGGGCGUCACUGAGAAUCAGAGCAGCUUCUCAGGCCACUCCACACCAAGAAUGAGGCAGUGCCGGGGCCUGGGAACAGUAUGUGUGAGAGCCAGGGUGGAGCAUGUGAGAGACUGGAAUGCGGUGAGGACCGUGGCGGCAAAGUGGUUGUGGAAGUGAAAGUGCUUCUUUGUGAGUGUGCUGAAGGGUCCUGAGUUCCCCGCAGCAGCAGGCCUGCCCAGAGAUAUCCCCCGAGCCUCUGUCCUUUACCCGGGUGAUAACGAUCCUCCUCUGCUUCUGCCGGCAGGAUCUGUGUAAGGAACCAGCAAGGUUUAUCAACCCUUGACCGGUUCCUGCCUUCCAGGUUAACUUGCUUUGGGUUCUUUUCUCCCUCCAGGGGCCCUAGCAUGCUGUCUUCCUGUGGCCAGGAGACUCUGUAGUGAUCCCAGCCACAAGGGUCUUUGUAGCCAGAAGAGGACAUCCCUAGUCUCGAACAAGGAGGUCAGAGCCCCACAAGGAGGCUGGGGAUGGUGCAUCCAGCCAGGGCAGGUCCUGUAGCACUCAUCUGGCUCUUCUUCCUGUGGUCUUUCCUUGGCUGCCUGCUGGGCUUCCCAUCUGGGAGACUGGGACACACAGGCUUUGCUUUCCAGUUCAACAUCACCAGCAUGCUGCCCUCCUCCCAACCAGCAGACAUCUGAGCUAAAUCCUGCAGAACCAGAAUAGGAGGCCUUGACCGCCGGGAUCCCUGGGAUGAGGUUCCCCUCUCAUAUACUUGCUUAAGCAGCUGUAUGGCUCCAGCCACCUCUGCCCUCUGACCCUCUUCUCUCACCCCAUCUUCCAUUGCCACAGAGAACAAGACUUCAUCUCGCUGCAAAGUCCUGUCUCUUCCUCUCAUGAGGAACCGUGCAGCCAGGCAUCUGAAGGCCCCGAUGGAGUAUAUAGGACGGUUAACACAUAUGUAGCACAUGUGCCUUGUUCCAAGAACAUCCCAAGGAUGUGACAUCUGACCUUGAAGUCAGAGAAGUCCUUAGGACUAGCAUUUGAGGACCUAUGAAUUUUCCCAGAAUGACUUGUGAUAUUAACCUGAAAUAGAGAGAGUCUAGGCUGUGGAGUGGAAAGCCUAAGCAUACACUAGAGAGCAAGUCCAAUGUAAUCUGAGCUCUCCAAGCCAGAAUCUUGGUUUGUUCCUCUGAUGGGAAGCUCAGCUGGUAGCUUCUCUCUGGGACUAAGUGAUAAGGUUGCCUAGGACCAACAGCAUGAGGCUUGGCUUGCUUAAGCACCCAGGAUACUGCUAGAGUCCUGGCCCUCAGGCCCAGGAUUAGCCAAAAGAUCCCAUCGUAUUGGCCCAGGACCCCUGAAAAGGAAACUUCUGAGUACUUUAGACUUGUGUUGGGUGUUGAAUUAGGUGUCAUGGAUGCCUGCACCAACUCCUAGAAUCUUGGUCAUCUCCCAGCUACAGAAGUGAUGCUGCUACCUCAGGAGGGCCUUUGGGACUGAGCUGUGUCUUGGAUGCUGCAGAUGCUGCCUGGUGCUAGGGGGACCAGCAGGAACAAAUCCUCUUGAGGGCUUCGAUUCACCUCAGCUCUUCCAUUUAGUGUCCCAACAGGCU